AUGUUUCUUUUUUUUUCUCUCUCUUUUUACUCUCUCCUUACUUUUAACUGCCUGAUGAAGAUAUUUCUCUCUUUUCGUCUUUCUUUCUCUUUACUUCUGCUCCUUUCUUCUUUCUUUCUUUCUUUCUUUCUUAAUUUUUUUCUCGCGUUCUUUUUCUCUAUCAUUUUUCUUUCUUCCUUCCCUUCUUACGUAUUUCAUUUUCUUUCUCCAUCUCUUCUUUCCAUUUCUUUCUUUCCAUUUCUUUCUUUCUUUCUUUCUCGUUCCUAUCUCUUUCUUAUCCUUUAUUGUCUUUUUUCUCGCUCUUCAUUUCCUGUUCUUUCUUUCUUUCCUUCUCAUAUUUUUUCUUACUUUGUUUCCUUCAUAUUUAUUUCAUUUUCUUUUUCCCUCCCUUCUUUCUCUCUUUCUGCCUUUCUUUUUUCUUUCUAUUUAAUUCAUAUUGUUUCUUGUAUUUUCCUCUCUCUUUUUAUUUUCCUGUUCUUUCUUUCUUUCUUUCUUUCGUUCACUCUUCCUCCCUUCCUUUCUUUCUCGCGCUUUUUUUUCUAUUUUUCUUUACUUCAUUUCCUUAUAACUUAUUUCAUUUUCCUCAUCGCUCUCUUCUUUCUUUCUUUCCUUCUUUCUUACUUUCUGGUUUUUUUGCUUCUUUCUUUCUUGUCUUCUUUUUUUUUUUUUUGCCUCUUUCUUUCUCGUCUUUGGGUUUUUUUUUGGUUUUUUUUGGGUUUUUUUUUUUUUUUCGUUUUUUUUUUUUCCUUUUUCUUUCUCGUCUCCAUUCUUUUAGUUUUUUCCCCUGCUUUCUUUCUCGUCUCCAUUCUUUUCGUUCCCCUCCUUCUUUCUCGUCUCCGUUGUUUUCGUUUAUUUAUUUAUUUAUUUAUUUUUUCUUUUGUUCUUUUUCUUUAA